UCAUGCCCAUGCCAAUCCCCCACGAAAGACAAUAAGUACGUGUGAUGUGGUGAGUGGAACUUGGACAUCUAGCCCCUCCUCCCACCAUUAUAACUCUUUCCUUCUUUGGCCCAUUUGCUUCUAGUUCUAGCCCCUUCCUUUGUUAACUCUUUUGUUUAUUCAGAAGAAUGGCAUCCUGGUUAUUGGGAAGGUCGAGUAGGAUCUUGAUUCAUCAACAUCACCACCUUCACAAAAAGUACUUGCCUUUCUUGUUAGGACCAUUUCUUAACCAUAAUAAUAGCUCUUGUUCCUCUUUUCCAUCAACUGAACCAUUUAGGUGCCGUGAUGCAUUUCCGGGUAAGAACUCAUCACCCACCCUCUUCCGAUUCUCGCGUCAUGAAUCAACCAAAGCUGAGGCACAAUUGGAAUUGGAGCAAGAUGUUGCCACCGAGGAUGAGCCUAAUCAGGUCAUUGAUUUUCCUGGAGGGAAAGUGGGAUUUACUUCUGAAAUGAGAUUCAUUUCUGAGUCUCCUGAGAAAAGGGUGCCCUGUUAUCGUGUUCUUGAUGACAAUGGUGAGAUCGUUAAAUACAGCAACUAUGUACAGGUUAGCAAGGAAAUGGGUGUGAAGAUGUAUUCUGACAUGGUCACUCUUCAAACUAUGGACAACAUAUUCUAUGAAGUGCAGAGGCAAGGUAGAAUUUCCUUCUACCUCACCCAAAUGGGGGAAGAAGCAGUUAACAUUGCAUCUGCUGCUGCACUUGCUCCUGAUGAUAUAAUAUUGCCUCAGUACCGGGAGCCUGGAGUUCUAUUGUGGCGUGGUUUUACACUGCAACAAUUUGUUCAUCAAUGCUUUGGAAACACACAUGAUUUUGGAAAAGGCAGGCAGAUGCCAAUACAUUAUGGGUCUAACCAGCACAAUUACUUCACAGUGUCAUCCCCCAUUGCAACACAACUUCCUCAAGCUGUUGGAGCUGCUUAUUCCCUUAAAAUGGAUGGGAAAAGUGCAUGUGCAGUCACUUUUUGUGGGGAUGGUGCCACCAGUGAGGGAGAUUUUCAUGCUGCUAUGAAUUUUGCAGCAGUAAUGGAGGCCCCUGUUGUUUUUAUCUGUCGUAAUAAUGGAUGGGCAAUCAGUACACCUGUGGAAGACCAAUUUCGAAGUGAUGGUAUUGUAGUUAAGGGUAAAGCUUAUGGCAUCUGGAGCAUCAGAGUAGAUGGAAAUGAUGCUCUUGCUGUUUAUAGUGCAGUUCACACUGCUAGAGAAAUCGCUAUAAAAGAAAAAAGGCCAGUUUUAAUUGAGGCUCUCACUUAUAGAGUUGGACAUCACUCUACAUCUGAUGAUUCAACUAAGUACCGGGGAACUGAUGAGAUUGAAUAUUGGAAGAUGGCAAGGAAUCCAGUGAAUAGAUUCAAAAGAUGGGUAGAAAGGAAUGGUUGGUGGAGUGACAAGGAUGAAUUGGAGCUUAGAAGCAGUGUCAGGAAGCAGUUAAUGCAUGCGAUUCAGGUGGCAGAGAAAGCACAAAAACCUCCACUUCAGGACUUAUUUAAUGAUGUCUAUGACCAAAUACCAUCAAACCUUCAGGAGCAAGAGAGACUAAUUAGAAAAACCAUCGAGAAGCAUCCCAAAGACUACCCUUCUGAUGUUCCUUUGUAGAUAUUGCCAAUUCAAACAAGAAAUUGUACUAAAUCUUACAAUCAAAAUAUAAAAUAAAGGGAUUGGAUGCCCUGUUCUUAUCUUUUA